UUGAUAACUAAUUGUCAAAUUAAUAUUGUGAAUUGUGAUUAGGCAGGUUGUCAGAUUGUUUGUUAUGGUGUGGCGCCAAGAAAGAAUAUUUUACUGUGGUUUACUGCAAAUAAUGAUUAUAUAAUAUUUACACCCAUUUUUAAUAAUAUAAGAAACAAAAAUGACAAACGAAACUAAAUUAUUUGAGAAUUUCUCAAUAUUGUGUACCAACCCUAAGGUUCAAGCCUUGGAAACUACAUUGCUUCAAUCAUUUGCUAAUUUCAAAGACAUCCUGUUGGAAUAUGAAGAAAUAGUUUCAGAAUUAGAAAGCUACAAAAGUCAAAUUUUUAUACAGAAAGAAAAAUGUGAAAGCAAAUCUUGUACAAGUUCGGAAUCUUUAAAACAAAUUAUUAAUGAAAAGGAUAAAAUGAUUCAAUCAAUUGCAAAUAUUUUAUUAGAAAUAAAUGAAACAAAAAACUUAGACAUUAUCACAGAUGCAUUAAAAAUUAUAUCUGGUGAGAUUUCACCAUUGAGCCAAAAAUCAUCAUCGGAAGCCCUAUCUCCUGUCUUUGAACCAUCAAGUAUAUAUGAUAAAAUAUCAAGUAAUUUUGAUAAAAAAUUCACGUCCACACCUGAAGUUGAUAGCAUUCCUUCAGGCAGGAAAAGUCCUAUCAUAGAAACUAAAAAGUUUCGGAUAACUCCAGAUGUGGCUGUUGAGAAUGUUGUACAAGAAAAAAAGAAAUGUCCUGAAAUAUGGCCAACCCCAGAGAAAAAGAUGUUAAAGCUUGUCUUUCCUACGCCGGGGAAGAGCAAAUCAAAUGUUAAACUGAGACAGGCUCGCUUGAACUUUGUGAAGGAGAAAGCAACAACUGUUGUAGAUCUCACAUGUUCUCCCAAGGAAUCUGACUAUUCCUCUAACAGUAUGUCACAGGGUAUCAAAAAGGAAGUAUUUGAAAAUGAUGAUACAAUUCUUCCAUCGCCUACAAGCGGACCUAUUAAUUUCUCUUCAGUAUAUAAAUCAAUAUGUAAAAGCAGUCCGAAAAAGGCAAAAAAAUCACUAUCAUUAAAUAAACUAAUAACAAAUAAGGAAAUUAUUUGGGACAAUAAAGAAAAUAAAUCUAUUAAAGUUGAAGAUAGAACUGAAGAUGAUUUUGAAGAAAGUAAUGUUUUAAAAGAAUCAAAUAAAUCCAAUACAACACCUAAAAAAUUCAACACACCGUUAUCAAAAUUUAAAUUGAAAACAGAAUGCACCACAUUUGUUGAUGAAAACGAUGAGAAUUUGUCCAAAGAAGUUACCAUAGAUAAAGAUAUUGAAGAAUCUAUUAAUAUUCUAAGACAUUAUCCAGAAAGGUUCACUAAAAGUCCAUCAAAGCCACAAAGUCCAAUGUUGAACUUGCAAAGUCAGGAAGCAAAUGAAAGCAUAUCUCUAUUGCAGAGAAUUAAUCAGUUUGAUAAAAAACAAGAUGGCGGACAACCGUGCAGCCCAACUAAAAGACCAUCUUCACCGAGCGAUAUACAAGCCAGCUUGUCAGUUCUAAAUAACAAUUUCAACACAAAAGUAUCUAAUAAAGAUAGCAAAAGAACGAAACCAAUUCCGGUUGAGCCAAUAUUUAAAGAGCCGACUGUGAGAAAAAAAGCUGAGAAACUUGCGUUACCCGGGUGGAGUUGUGAUGAAUGUAAACAGUUCUACGAUGAAUUAUACAAAGACAAUCCGGAAAUGCUGCGUCAGAAGAUGUCAGAGUGCUCGCGACACCGCGGACGACGCGACCCCGCGCGGCCCCGCACUCCGCCCGGGUACUGGCAGCCGCGCUGGCAUGUGCCCAACGAUACAGACGAGUUCAACCGACUUAACAACGCUAUAUGAAACUC